AUGGGAUGCGAAUUCCCUGGUGUGCGCAGGAGAGAAGCCGGGAUCGCACAGCCUGAUCAGGAUCAAGGAACCGAAGAUGUGUUGGUGUUUGUGUGCGACGAGGACGAGAGGGAGAUAUCGAGGCAGAUGGCGCCGGGGUCAUGCCCUUACUGCGGAGGCAUGGUUCAGGCGGUGGACGUGGAGAGCCAGUGGAGGUUCUGCUUCUUGCCCGUCUACUUCAAAAACAGACGCCGUCUCUACUGCUCCUUCUGCAACGCCGGCUGGUUAUUCAGCAGUGAUCCUCCCUCUUCACUUUCUCUUCUACGCUUCUUAUCUUAGUUACCUUCUUCUUCAAUUUUGUCUCCCUCUGUAAAUCAAUCCCUCAUCCAGUAUUAACAGUA